GGCCGGAUCGAGCAAACACCUAGCGAUAACACAACGGUUUUCCGUAAAUCGGUCUGACUUUGUGCUCAGCAUUUCAACUUGCCGUUGGUAAAAAUAUGGAUGACUUAUUGAAUGAGAGCGCAGACUGCGCCGAAGACUUCCGAAUUAACAUCAGUCUCGAUUAUGUGCCUUCUUACACGUACAACGACGGGCAGAUUUUCGUGAUUACCAUCCUUCUACCAAUUCUUCUGACGCUAGGCAUCCUCGGGAAUUCAGCUUUCAUGUUUGUCGUGUACCGUCGAGCCGAGAUGAGGACUGUCACCAAUUGGUAUCUGACCAAUUUGGCAGUUGCGGACAUUUUGUUCCUGCUCAGUGCAAUCGUCGACAAAAUUUGGGCUUACUAUGUAUCCCCAAUCCCUGGGGACAACGGCCCUCAUGGACAUUUUGCUUGCGUCUUGCUGUACCUCAUCGCCGAUCUGACUUAUUUUGCCUCCCUUGGGUUUGUUACGCUCGUGUCUUUUGAUCGUUUUCUGGCCGUCCGUCGACCACGAGCCUCCUCUAAAGGGCGGAGAGGAAGACGCACCGUCCCCUUCAGACUCUGUGCCGCGUCCUGGAUACUCGGGUUUUGCUUCGCCGCUUGCUUGAUUCCAUCCAGAGGUAUGUUCGUCAGAUAUUGUCUCAAAUGGCCCCAAGAAGAAAAGUACCAAAACUGGCCUUCAUAUAUGUACGUGUGCAAAUCUCGCGAGGAUUGGGUGGACCAGUUCUCCAACGUCAUACAGACGGUUCCUUUCUUCCUCACCUUCGCGCUGAAUCUGUUCCUGUAUGUGAACAUCAUUCGCGGGCUGGACCGCUCCAUACAAAACCUGGGCAGUCAUGGUAUGUCUCAAGACAAGAAUGUUACUAUGAGGAACCAGAUAGCCCUCAUGCUGGUGGUGAAUGGCGUCGUCUUCUUCUGCUGCCUCUUUCCUUUUGAGCUCCUGGUUCUGUUCCAAGUCAUUCGAGUCGUCCGGGGCACCAAUAUCAUUCCACUGGGAUGGCAUAACCUAUUCUUUGAGAUUUCGCGCGCUCUCGCUUACAUCAAUUCUGUGGCCAACCCCUUGAUAUACACUCUCAUGAGUCACAGGUACAGGGCUAACUUCAAAACUGCCUUCUCUCUUGACCAGUGCAGCAGGAUUGUUUCUCAGAGAGGACGCAAGGAGAACAAUGCAGCUCCAGCCGAUGACUUCAGAAACACGUCGCAGAGGGGUCAAACAGCAACCCGUGUUGAAAUUCUGUGAGAAACUCGCCGAACGUAAUUGUAACUUUGACACACACAACAUGUUAUUAGUCAGUGCACUUUACGAGGAACGGAGUCUGAAAACCUCAUAUUUUCUGUAUUUUCACAGAAAUGCGCACCUACCGUUAUAUUGGUUGUGUAAUUGGAGGUAUUUGUAAAUAUUGUACCGCUUUGUUGAAAAAUUGUCUGGCCUUGGUAUCAAUGUAGAAAAAUACAGUAGUUUUUGUCGAAUCUUGAGACGUUUGUUGGGGAAUCCGUACCAAUAUUUGUAUGCAGAACAUUUUAUUUCUCUGUUUGGGGAUCCUCCCGGGAGAUUGUUCUAUGGAGAAGAAAUCGUAGAAACCAUUGCUAUUUCGUCAUUGUCGCCUAAAGAAUUGUUAAGAAAACGCCUUACGCUCUCUUAAUCCACAAGAAUGUUCCCGUCAUUGGUGCUCGUUAUAGUGUUCUUGUAAAGUCUUAUAGGUAGUCAUUUUAGAAAUAAGAAAAAUAUUAUUAACAAGGUUUGAGUAACAAGUAAAAUUCACAGUAAAGCAAAUUCCACUAUUAUUAUCGGAGUAUGGUGACACUAAAUACUCUUAACAGAAUCUUUGUAACAGAAUCUUUUGUACAUCUCGAGAUGUACACAAAUUAUGAAAAUCAUUUUAGCCGAAAUUGAGAUUAUUUAGCAUUCACAGUAAAAAGUCAUGAAAUAAUGUAUCUUAUAAGAUGUAAGAUGUAAACAUGAUGAAAAUAAUUUUAGCCAAACUUGAGAUUAUUUGGCAUUUACAGCCCAAUAUAAGGCUCACAUUUUAGAUACUCAGAAGCGAUUUUUGAAUUUGUUAUAACCGUGCAAUCGAAACAUGAGAAGUACAUAAGGCAGCUUAUUUUUGCGUGUAUCAUUUAGCCAAGAAUUGAACGUUUGAAAAAUGACUGGACCUAUUUGCCUACUUGACUGGACUGAAACAGUGUGGUGCCGUUGAAAGACAUAGCAAACAUCAAUACCAACCCGCCCGUGUCAAGAUCGAUGUCACAAAAUCAAUCUUGAGGCGCCAUGGGAUGAGACUUGAAACCAGAAUAUUAAUCAUGUCAUCUAGCAAAGUUCAUGGCCCCUAUUCUCCAGAUAGAUAUCCGAGAUGGUUUCUCGUAGAUCAUGAGAGAUUGUGAUGUAGGUUACUAUACAAAAUCCCAAAGAAGUCCAACAAUUAUGACAUUACACCCGAUUGCAGAACUUAAGUCUCGUAUCAUACCCCGAGGAUUCGUCUGGGAGAUUAUAUGAUUCUAAUGCAGUUCAUAGAACACUGUAGUCACCAUGUUUCUGACUUUUUGGCCAACAGUAGGGUCAAACAACAAGGCACAGAGAAACUGCGCCGACUUUGAUCCUUAAGUCUCGUCUCAUGUCAUGUCUGGGACUUUGGGCUCAGAGAUUAAACUUUCGAUUUGGCGCCAAGAACGGGAAAUUGGAUGACAUCAAGAGGAUGUUUGCUCAACGACCGACUGACAGGACUUUGGAUUUUGACAGACGACGCGACAUAUUACGACAAUUGCAAAUUAAUCUACGUCUUGAAUUAAUGUAACAUCGAAACUUGUAUGUAGUUGGUGACUAAACAAUUUGUUUAUGUAUUUCUUGUGACUUCCAACUGCUUUAGGGUAUGUUCAGACGAACCCAUCUCCGAGCAGAACGAAUCAGAGAUUAUUUUUUUCGUGGGUGUUAAGAAAAAAAGGAUUAGUGCUUUAAUAACAAGUCACCGUUUCAGGGCAAAAGUUAAAGCAUUGCGUCUUCUAAAAUGGAUUUCAUAUAUUGCUCGGAUCGCGCUUUUCCACUUUUUAGAAUUCGUUGUUACGUUACUUUUGAUUGAUGCCUGCGGUAUUUCCUGACAUUUCAGCCGCAUUUAUAAAAUAUCGAUGAGAUUACCUCGUGAAAGAGUGCGCUCUUUUUUUUUUAGAUCUCAUUUUGCGUCAUGUUUUCAUUGAAAUAAUCCUCUCCGGGGCACUGGUGUCACAAGAAAACAGACUGUCGUGAUAAACAAAUAGGAGCAAAACCUUAGACUUGAAAUUACGUUUUGUAAACACUCAGAAUUUGGCGGAUAUCAAGUCAAAUUGUCUUUUGAAGUCAGCACUUAAGUAUUUGUCUAUGGUUAGUGGUUUAAAAGCUAAAAGCCUGCUUUGUGAGCCAUCUUCUGUAAGUAAUUCAAUUUGCCGUUUUCUGUUAUCCCUAGAAUUUUGCUGUGUCGGUUCGGUGUUCAAGCGCCUAUACCAACAUAUAAAAUAAAGUAAGGUAGUGGUCUUUAUUUGAGAAAGUGUAAUGUUUUGUCAAAAUCGUUUGAAUCGAAAUAUACGUACAAAAGAGUAAUUUACAGAUGUUUGUAAUAUUGUAAAGUAGAGUUUAUUCCGUGUUGUUCUCACUUCAAGAUGGCUCCUUGCUGCAGAGGUGGAGUGAACUUAACAAAUCUGCUCUUAUACCUUAAGACAACAUCAUUCUUUAUGAUGAUAAAUUGACAGAUCUUUUUCCAUUGUGACAUUAGAUUUUAAGAUGAUCCGUUUUUCUCCGUUAAUCUACCGCUUGUAGGCCUCUUCGACUGCUGGAAUUUAUGCCAAUGUAAAUAUAAGGUAAAUUUAUGUAUACAACUUGGCACCUAUUCGGACGGGACUUUGUAUUCACUUUGGGACGGGAGUUUGUAACACUAUACAUUCGCAUAAACAUCGAAUAUUAGGGUCGUUGGUUUGUUCAAUUUCAGCUGGUAUCAAGUUUAUCAACGUAGAAAAUAACACAGUGGUACAAAAAUAUGCUGCCUCUGUUUACGUUUGUACACGAUUGGCCUUUAUGUUAUGUAAAUCAACCAUGUUGUAAUUUUUCUGCAGCUUUCUGCAGAAAAUACCGCUAUAAAUAAAUACCACUAUUAUCCAUAACCCUAUACGUGUGUCUUUAAAAUGUCACAAAAACAUAAUAGUUGUCGCUGAUUACUUGGAACUGGAAGAACUAAUGUAACUGUAUGGCGCCACUUUGAUUCAAAAUUGUCUCUCUUUUGGUAGUCAAUACCUAAUCUUCACAGGAAAAUACUUGGGUAAUAGGCAAAACUGCCAUGUUUUGGCGUCACUUUGACCAGAGCGAUAGGAUGGAUUGCCCGAUAGGUCAUUGGCUCCCAUUUCUUCGCUUCUGAAGACGGUACAUAUAAGAAGAGAUUGUUCUUGAUAUAUCAGUGCCGAAAUAUCAAAAUGCAGAUUUUAUCUUGGAAAGGUCAAAAGAUAUGAUCGAAAUUGUUAUAAGUUCACUAGUUACUUCUAGUUCCAAACAAGGCUGCAAAAUAAUGUGUGGAUGUUUAUGUUGAUAUUUAG